GUUGACAUGGCGAAGUUGUGCGAGGAAGGUGAUAAAAAGGUGAUUCUACAUUCUGCCUUUCACAAUGAAACUCUCAGAAGAUGGCAGUCACUCAACAGUUCGCUCUGCAUCGAUAAUUUUAUGUACCCCGUCUUUAUAACUGAUGACGACAAUGGUGAAGAAGAGAUCUCUUCAAUGCCAGGAAUACUGAGGUUUGGGUGUGUUAAGGUGGUUGAGCAUUUGAGGCCACUUGUUAGGUUGGGUCUCAAUUCUGUUCUGGUCUUCGGCGUACCCAACAAUGUCAUCAAGGACGGUAGAGGCAGUUCGGCGGACAUGAAAGAAUCAGUCGUCAUAAGGGCUAUUAAGUCCAUCAAGCAGUUCUUUCCUCAUCUUCUUCUGGCCUGUGAUGUGUGUCUCUGUGCCUACACUGACCAUGGGCACUGUGGAAUCCUUCGAGAAGACAGCACAAUUGACAACGACGCAAGCAUAGAACGUUUGGCAGAGGUAGCCCUAGCCUACGCCAAAGCUGGGUGCGAUGUUGUGGCGCCAUCUGACAUGAUGGAUGGUCGAGUGGGGUCCAUCAAGCAAUCACUAAUUAGGGCAGGAUUAGGCAGUCAAGUGGCCAUCCUCAGUUACAGCGCCAAAUUCGCUUCUGCUUUCUAUGGGCCUUUCAGAGACGCAGCCAAAUCAGCUCCAUCAUUUGGAGACAGGAGAUGCUAUCAAUUACCUCCAGGGUCACAUGGCCUGGCUAUGAGAGCUGUUGCACGAGAUGUUGAAGAGGGUGCAGAUAUGUUGAUGGUGAAACCGGCCAUGGCGUACCUUGAUGUUGUCAAGCAGACGAAGCAACAGUACCCGGAGUACCCGCUAGCGGUAUAUCAGGUGUCAGGGGAGUACGCUAUGAUCUGGCAUGGUGCCAAAAGUGGCUCCUUUGAUCUCAAGAGGGUGCUUUUUGAAACCUUCCAUUCAAUGAGAAGAGCCGGGGCAGACAUCAUCAUAAGUUACUACACUCCACAGAUGCUUGCAUGGCUCGCCGAGGAACAUAAAAUCAGAUCGAAUCUUUGAUGCUCACCAUUCAUAUCUCUGUUAUGAAUUUUCUGUCAAAGCUGUUUAACAUAACUUAGGUUACUUCAAGUUAAUUUACUCAAGUAACAUCAAGUUACUCUUGAGUCAUUUCAAUUUCAUGUUGUCUCGUUGUUUCUAUGUUGUUAUAUUUCUUGUUUUAUCGUUAUUUCGUUAUCUAUGUUGGACUAUUGUUUCUGUGUUACUUUGUUAUAUAUGUUAUUUUGUAUAAUAUGCUAGUUAGUCUGUAUCUGAUGUAUUUAUUUUGUUGCUCUUUAGCAGUUAUCAUUGUUUAUUAUUUGUUCACUAUAUUCAAUGUAAACUCGAUUGAUUUUAUAUUUAUUAUUUUUAAAGUGGUACUCGUCUUGUACGUUUUGUUUCAUUCUAUCGUGUUUGAAGUUUAUUUUUAAUCAAAUCAAAAUGGUGGAAGUUCUCCAUUGAUUUAACUUAUUAAUGAUCAUCAUCUACGUGCGUAUGCAGGCAUUACUCGUUAAGCCUGAUUAUUAUCAAUUAUAUUUUAUAUUUCGUCUGAUUCACGACCAAUCAUUUAUUCGGCUCUUAUGAUUUUAGAAUUUUUGGUUUUGUUUCGCACUGAUUUCUCAUAAAUUUGACAUUUUAUUGCUUGAUUGAACUUUUUCCAACUUGAGUUUAUUAUCACAGAUGAAAAGAAAUAUUUAAAAUUUUGUAUUUAAUAUUUAUUUCAUAAUUUAAAGACCCGAACCUUAACCGUUAAUUCUAGAAGAGCAAUAAUUUCAUUAUUUUCAAUAUUUUGACGAACAGUUGUCAUCAUUACAUCCAUCACUUAUAUUUGAAAGUUUUUAAAAAUGACCCAAGAGUUAUGAAAAAUGGCACAAAUUU